GUCUGUGGGUCUGAACUGGGCGAUCUAUAGAUUCAGUUGUCAGUGCGCCGAGUGGUUAAACGCAACGGUCGAUCAAGUCCCGCUCUGGGAUCGCCCCAUACGCAAUCCGUGAAAGUUUGUGGAUACCAGUUUCAGUGGCUUUGUGAACAAUCUAUAUACAUAUGUGAAAUUCAGCGAAAAAAUCCACCCUAAAAUAAAAUCCUCGGACAUCUGGCAGGCUGCCGCUUAGGCGGUUGAUUGCGCAAUGGUUUAUCACCAUCACAACCACGAAAGUCGGAUAAUACACUGCAGAAAACAAUUAAUUGGAUGGCGGAGGAGAAGCCUGCUGUUGACCAUUAUUGUGGUCACAGCCACGCUGGCUUCCAUGAGUUCACAAGCGGUCGCGGCCCACGAUCAAAAUGCACCUCCGAUUCUGGUUGUUCACCAGCGCAACUGGCGUAUUUCGGAGGCUGAGAAAGUCGGCCAGAUAAUAGAUCGAGUGCAGGCGGAGGACCCCGAUGGCGAUGAUCUAAUUUUUGGAAUAGAGCCAAGAUUUAGUGGCAAUGGAGCAGGGCCACCCGAUAAAAUCCCCUUUACAAUUGAUCGGGAAACGGGAGUUGUGACUCUCAACGAAAGUUUGGCGGGAAGAGCCGGUGAGAAUUUUCUCAUCUAUAUAACUGUCACGGACGGAUCGUACACGGCGAAAACCGAGGUAUUCAUCAAUAUCUUGGGCGAGCGUGAGAACAGUUCCGGCUAUCGACCGCAGACAUCAAUUUCGAACGUGGUGCACAAUAUAUCGCAAUUCCUGCCCCGUUUCGACCAGCUGCCCGGUGUUCAGUCCAUCCGGAAUGGAUUGCCGAACAGCCGGCCGGGCGGUGGGCUGUAUCCACCGGUGCCCCAGAACAAUAUAUUCGGACCGCCUUCGUUUGGCAACUUUUACCCGCCACCUCCACCGAAUUUCCCCGCUCAAAAACCCGUGGAAAGUGGCGAGGAGGCAGACGAUGAGGUGACAGCCACAACAACCGCCAGGCCGAGCUCCACCACGCCGAAGAGUCGCACCAAACUAACGCCGAUAACUGCCAAUAAUUCGACGAGGGGCGAGCAAAGCCCCACGGAGACGACGACACCGGCGAGUGGCAACCAGAACAACACCAGCCCCCUCUACGUUUUCUCCCUGAAGUCCGGCACCAUUCCGAUUGUGGUCGCCGUUGGCGGGUUUUUUGCCGCCAUCGCUGUUCUUCUGGCGUGCCUCUGCCGCCGGCGGCUUUCCGCCAUCAGCAGGACCCUCAAGACGUCCAAGGAGAAGGAGGAGCUGGCUAAGAAGUCCAAUCCGGGCCAGCUGAGCAGCACGCUGACCGACGACAGCCGCAACUCGAUGGUCAUGCAGCAGUGGCAGGGACCCGUGGCCUUCGCCAAUCGCUAUGUUCCCUGGGAGCGGGAUCAGCAGCAGGGCAUUGCAACGUCCCAGUUAUCAACAGCCAUCGGAGAGUCCUCCGCAGGAGUGGCCAGUCCUGGGACAGGUGAGCCGGGAUCCAACUUGGGACCUGGCUGUGUGGCAGGUGGAGCAGGAAGUUCCGGCGCAGCGGAAAGUGGUUUUGCCGGAGAGGCCAACUGCGACCGAUGGGAGUUCCCCAGGUACCGAUUGAAGUUCUUCAAUAUUUUGGGCGAAGGAGCCUUCGGACAAGUUUGGCGCUGCGAGGCCACAAACAUAAAUGGCACUGAAGGCAUUACAACGGUGGCUGUGAAGACCCUUAAGGAAAGCGCCACCGAAGUGGAUCGAAAGGACCUGCUAUCCGAAUUGGAGGUAAUGAAAUCCCUGGAACCACACAUCAAUGUUGUUCACUUGUUGGGCUGCUGCACAGAUAAAGAUCCGACAUUUGUAAUUCUUGAGUACGUAAAUCGUGGAAAGUUGCAAACGUACUUACGCAGCUCACGUGCCGAAAGACACUAUGGAAACACGCACGGAAAAUCAAAUAUCCUUACUUCCUGCGAUUUGACUUCUUUUAUGUAUCAAGUGGCUAAGGGCAUGGACUACCUAACAUCGCGAGGGAUUAUUCACCGGGACUUGGCUGCUCGUAAUAUUCUUAUAACCGACGAUCACACAUGCAAAGUGGCGGACUUUGGCUUUGCACGAGACGUAAUCACAUCGAAAAUUUAUGAAAGGAAAAGCGAGGGCAAGCUGCCAAUACGAUGGAUGGCUACUGAGUCACUUUACGACAAUAUAUUCUCCGUAAAAUCAGAUAUCUGGAGCUUUGGCAUACUGAUGUGGGAAAUCGUGACGCUGGGAUCGACGCCUUAUCCAGGAAUAGCCGCAGCUGAUGUUAUGCGGAAGGUACGGGAUGGCUAUCGGUUAGAGAAACCAGAGCACUGUCGUCGCGAGCUCUACAAUAUUAUGUAUUAUUGCUGGUCGCACGAUCCCCAAGAGCGUCCUCUUUUCGCGGAAAUAAUUCAGAUGCUCGACAAGCUGUUACAUACUGAAAUGGAUUACAUUGAACUGGAGCGGUUUCCCGAUCACAAUUAUUACAAUAUCGUUAGUCUUAGUGAUGAGAAGUUGUGAGAUAGUCCCUUAUGCACUGAACCUGAACCCUAAGAGCUUUAUUACCUCCAAAAGACUGUGGGAUAUCUCCUUCCAGUCUAGGCUCAGUAGGAGAAUAUUCUGCGAGCUAUUCACGGGUUAAUUCCCCAAACAGAGAGAAAGGUACACUGCCAUUAUGAAUUAGGCUCAGAAAAAGAGUUAAACAAACUGCAUCCUGGAAAAAAGAUAAGAUGUUCGAGCCUCUUAUAUACUGAACUCAACUUCUCCGUUGGCAAGAAUUGUAAUUCCUCUUUAAUUGUAAGACAAUUGCGAUUGUGUGUAUGUUAGUGUUCACGUUUUAUUUAUUUGAUAUGUAUUAUGUAUUUUAAUUUAUCAACCGUGUAUAGAGUUAUGAAUAUAAAUUAUAUUAUUGUUAAUUUGAAAAUAAACUUAAAAUAUACACCUAAAUUCUGCUUGGAACUCUCAA